GAGACGAGAGGGUGCUUAACGCCCCCUGCCAACCAUUCGGAAUUACUGGAAAGCUAAUAGGAGGCAACAUGAUCUCAUCGAAACUUUUUGUACCUUUCCGUACGUCAUUUGACCUGACCUCAGAGAUCAUUUAUUGAAAUUGGGCACCGGUCGCUCCGUCUCGUAACAAAACAACGCAAACUCUUGCUUUCUCAGCGAAGCUCCCUAUAGAUCAGGCCGAUCAGGGACAAUGUGAUGUGUGUAGUGGGUGUCGGGAGUUCUAAAACCCUCUCCUCUCAGCCAUGGCGUACAUAAAAAGCAGUAGUCCAGUGAGGAGUUAUAUGAUACUUGUACACAUAGCACUGCUAACUGCACCUUUCCCUCCUCUCUCCAGCCGAGGAAGCGAAAGCCCAAGUCGGAGGCGGACGGCAGUGGCCGCAGUCGUCGGAGACGCAACCAGGCCAGCCGCGCCACCAUUGGCGUCGACAUCGUCAACCGCGCCAUGAAUGUCGUCGGUCUGACGCAGAACGGGCUGGGCAUGGGCUCCAUGGCGCAACUGACCCAGUCGUCAGUGAUCAACCCGCCGGUAUACUCUCGGGACGACCGAAGUCCGCCCUCCAUGUACCACCCCGCCGUGCCGCCGCCGCCACCGCCGCCGCCCGCCGUCGCCUCGACACACCUGAUGCUGCCGGCGCUGUACAGCUCCCAUUCGGUGACGUCACCCGCUCCGGUGACGUCAUAUCCGUCCUCGGCACACCAGCCGCUGCCGUCCUACAGCAGCGUGAGUCGCUACCUUCAGCCGGAGCGAGGCCCGUCGCCCACCGGCGCCAUCUAUCGACCCGACAGUCCCGCCACCUAUAUGCCGGGCGCUAGCGUCUUGCCGAGUAGCUCGUUGCAUAUGGCGACUACGGCGCUCGAUACGUUGAAUGAUAUUCAGGAGAUGGUGGCCUGUGACCUGGGGCUAAGUGAGCGCGCCCCGCCGGUGGCGGCACAUUGCGGUGUCGAGCAGUACUAUCAACACUAUUAGUGACGCUAGGCGGCGCUGCAGUCCAGGCUUCAUCGGUAGGGAACUCGCCGAGGCACUCCGAAUGCCCAGUUUACCGGCGCUUAUAUCGGCUUUUGUGAUGAAAGCAGCCCACAGUGCGCAGACCGAAGUAAUCGCACUAUGUGGCGCGAUUAUUUCUUGGAUAAUCACGCCACUGCUUCUUCUUGGUUGUGUUCCUAGUUGAACUGAAGGCCAAGAGUUUGGACAUUUUAUGAUGCUGGACAUACGAUAGAUCGUACACACAAACACUAUAUGAGCCAUAACCAUUGCCAGUGCUAGUCUGCCAGGCUCAGUGAUCGUAAACAGUGGCCAGUAAAAUGCGGACCAACAUUUGUCGAAAGUGAAAAUGUGGAACCAGUGACUUCUAGUCGCACACCACCGAACUGGCCUGCUUCGUCGUUAUAUUUAGACAAAUGCAUGUGCUUUGGGGCUAUCUUUUACGCGGUUAUUUAUGGUUCUUGCAGAAAAUUGCUUCUCGCUGUCUGCAAGCAAAUCUGCAUUGAGCGCUCGGAAAUUGGGUACAUUAGAUCGCGGGGAAAGCAGAUGUGUACCUACUCUGUGAAACGGCUUUCAACUGAACGAAGCACAACGUAGCUAAGCAGGCGAGAAAACCAAAGAGUGUCAACGCGUAUCAUUGUCGCCCUUGUCCACUAAACGAAAUAAUGUGUAACAACGAGGACUCGAGUCCUUUUUAAGAUCCGAACUAUGAGCUUGCAAUGGCGACGUUUUAAUUUGCGGAUGGCUAGCGUCCGUUACAUUCGUCUUAAUUUGUGCAUCUGUCUUAUGUUAUGUCUACAUUGAUUCACCGCACAGCGCACUGCCUGGCGUGCUGAAAUAAUAACUAUAAGUUGAUAACAAUGCGAAAUUCAGCAGGCAUGUGAUAAAAAACACGUUCCACAGAGUGAAAGUUCGUAGAUGCGUUAUAAAGGUUGUGUCACGUACCAGCGUUGCCUGUAAGUGAGAACAAUUCGACUGUCUGGCUGCAUCCACAUAGCUCUGCGUGCCUGACAAUGUUCGGUGGCCAGUUGCGUUUUUUCAACAUCCCAGCACGCUAAUGUCAUAAUAAAUGUGUUUGCUUUGCAUAUAUUCAUCUCUCGCACAUCUGUCAUUCACGCUAUGUGAAACUGUUUGGUGUGAUCAAAUGUAGGUAAAUGAGGUCAGGCCCGCCCCCUAAUUUCGUUUGAUUGUGACGGAUAUAUCCUGAUCAAACAAUGAAGUGCCCUUAAAUUACACGCCAAUUGUUAUUUAGUUGGGGUUAGGCGAUCACACUUAUGCUAAAGCUGAGCAAAUGCGUGCCUCGUACGGCCAAGUCCACGCAUGCGGUUGUUAGUUUUAUAAGAAAAUGUAUGAGUGACAUCGAGCGCUUUAGCAUGCAUGUUAGUAAUUGCGUUAGGCAUACGUGUAAUGGUGCUGUCAAUUGGAUUGUUCAAGAGUAGGUAUGCGUUUCAUUUUUCAUUGAUCGUCUCAAAACCGAAAAGCGAUGAAACAAGCGAUUAAAAUAGAUAAAACAAGCGAUGUUAUUGCUUGCGAGAUGCCUGCUCCAUAGCUGAGCUUACCUGAGCUGUGUGUGGGUAUGCGACUGUGUAACGUUGUCCUCUAUGGAAAUGGAGCGAGAAGGCUUUUGUUCAUUCGUCCUCUAUGGUUGAAACUGAUACGAAUUGUCGUGUGCGUUUAUGUAUUUGUGACGGUAUGUUACGGCUGGGCGAGAGUGGCUCUCCUAUAAAUACACAUCUCAUACGAAGA